GUGGGGAGGAAAAAUUCCCCAGCCAAACUUGCAACGUGCGGGUUCGGACAUUUUUGCGUACAGCGAGUAAGAUGGCUUCCGAUCUCAGCAAGAAGAGGAAAUUCAAGGACGCCAAGGGCUCAAAGCCCGAGGAAGCUCUCGCCGCUGCCUCGAAGGCAAAGAAGCUGAAGAGGGACCCCAGCCCAGAAGAGAGCGACACCGAGAGCGACGCUGACAGCGACGCCGAGAGCCGCAGCGACAGCUCCCGCGGGGCCGACGACCAGGAGCCCGAGGCCGAAGGCGCCAGCUCAGGCGAGGAUAGUUCUGACCGCGAAUCGGCCAGGCAGGAUGAUGGGGAUGACGAUCAGCAAAAUGGGUCGGCAGAAUUGGAUGCAGUCCCUUCCAAGGGCGGCGACUCGUUGCUUCCGCCUCCCGUGUCGACAAAUGCGCAGGAAUUCUCCGAGCUCGGCCUCUCCGAGAAGACCAUGAAAGCGAUCGCCGAGAUGGGUUUCACAAAGAUGACUGAGAUCCAGCGGCGAGGCAUCCCGCCCCUCCUGGCGGGCAAGGAUGUCCUCGGGGCGGCCAAGACUGGAUCCGGGAAGACGCUGGCCUUCCUGAUUCCGGCCGUCGAGAUGCUCAGUUCUCUGCGCUUCAAGCCGAGAAAUGGUACUGGUGCCAUCGUUGUCACGCCUACGCGCGAGCUGGCGCUGCAGAUCUUCGGCGUGGCCCGCGAGUUGAUGAAGAAUCACUCCCAGACCUAUGGUGUUGUCAUUGGUGGUGCGAAUCGCAGGGCCGAGGCGGACAAACUUGGCAAGGGCGUCAACCUCCUCAUUGCCACGCCUGGCAGACUCCUUGAUCACCUUCAAAACACCCCAUUUGUCUUCAAGAACCUAAGGUCCCUGAUCAUCGACGAGGCCGACCGGAUAUUAGAGAUUGGUUUCGAGGACGAAAUGCGCCAGAUUGUCAAGAUUCUCCCCAAAGAAAACCGCCAGACCAUGCUUUUCUCGGCCACGCAGACGACAAAGGUCGAGGAUCUCGCCAGAAUUUCGCUGCGCCCCGGGCCACUCUACAUCAACGUCGACGAGGAGAAGAAGUUCAGCACGGUCGAUGGUCUUGAUCAAGGAUACGUCGUCGUCGAAGCCGACAAGCGCUUCCUCCUGCUCUUCUCGUUCCUCAAGAAGAUGGCCAAGAAGAAGAUCAUCGUGUUCUUCUCGUCCUGCAAUUCGGUCAAGUACUACAGCGAGCUUCUCCAGUACAUUGAUCUGCCGGUUCUCGACCUGCACGGCAAGCAGAAGCAGCAGAAGCGCACCAACACCUUCUUCGAGUUCUGCAACGCCAAACAGGGGACGCUGAUCUGCACCGACGUUGCCGCCCGUGGCCUCGACAUCCCCCAGGUUGACUGGAUCGUCCAGUUCGAUCCCCCUGAUGACCCGCGAGACUACAUCCACCGGGUCGGCCGGACGGCGAGAGGCAACAAUUCCAAGGGUCGGUCGCUGCUCUUCCUGCAGCCGAGCGAGCUUGGUUUUCUGGCCCACCUCAAAGCCGCCAAGGUGCCGGUGGUCGAGUACGACUUCCCAAAGAACAAGAUACUCAACGUGCAAUCGCAUUUGGAAAAGCUCAUCGGGACCAACUACUACCUCAACCAGAGCGCCAAGGAUGGCUACCGGUCUUACCUGCACGCCUAUGCCUCCCACAGCCUUCGGAGUGUCUUUGAUAUCCACAAGCUUGACUUGGUGAAGGUGGCCAAGAGCUUUGGCUUCGCCACGCCACCCCGAGUCGACAUCACGCUGUCCGCAGGGUUGAGCCGGGACAAGAAGCUACAGCGCAGGAGGGCAUACGGCAGCCAGCCACGGCAGGGCGGCCACCACCGGAAGUAAUGCUCAGCGUUGGCAGCCUGGUUUGCUUUUUUUUGCACAGAUAUUGUCACGGAGUUGCGGCGUCAAAAGAAGGGUGGGGAAUGCAUACCCGGAACGUGGCCGCGUCAGCGUGGUAGACCUUCCGUCUGCUACUCAUGUGUCUCGAUUCGCAAGUUUGUUUUGUUCCCUUGUCUCCGCAGACACCCAGGAUUCCAGCUAUAG